UUGAGACACUUGGCCACUUGGGCUUCGCUUCAUCAACCGAUUAUGCCGUGGAAGAGCAAGGACGUCUAUAGAUAGAUACUUGCACUCACGUCUAUACUUCCCAAGAACAUCGCCAUAGCAAUUCUUAAUAUUCUGAUAACAUAUAUCGCAUUCAUAUGACCAUGGCGGGCUCCGACCAAAGCAUCCACGUCCUUCUUCUCCCGUUCCCGGUCCAGGGCCACAUCAACCCGCUACUCCAGUUCGGCAAGCGGCUCGCCGGCCGCAGUGGCGUCCGGUGCACCCUCGCGGCGACCAGUUUCGUCGUCAACUCGACCAAUUCGACCCCCAGCUCGGUCCACGUCGCUGUCUUCUCCGACGGCUGCGACAACGGUGGCCCCGACGAGUUAGGAGGAGUAGGCGGCCCCUACUUCGAGCGGCUCGAGUCGGCCGGGUCCGAGACGCUGGACCACCUCCUCCGGUCGGAGUCGGAGCGGGGCCGUCCGGUGCACGUGGUGGUGUACGACGCGUUCCUGCCGUGGGCGCAGGGCGUGGCGAGGCGGCGCGGCGCGGCGUGCGCGGCGUUCCUCACCCAGACGUGCGCCGUGGACGUGCUGUACGCGCACGCGUGGGCUGGACGGAUACCGCCCCCGCCGGUGCAGCCGGAGGAAUUGCCGGAGCUGGCCGGGCUGCCGUCCCAGUUCCAACUGACCGACCUGCCGACGUUCUUGGCUGACACGAACUAUCCCCCGUGUUUCCGUGAGCUGUUGGUGAACCAGUUCCUGGGGUUGGACACCGUGGACCAUGUGCUCGUCAACUCAUUUCAUGACUUGGAGCCGCAGGAAGCGGACUACUUGGCGUAUACGUGGCGUGCCAAGACGGUUGGCCCAACCGUGCCAUCGGCGUACCUUGACAACCGCCUCCCGGACGACGUGUCCUACGGCAUCCACCUCCACACUCCAAUGACGGCAGAGAGCAAGGCAUGGCUUGACGACCACCCCGUGGGCUCCGUCUUGUACGUCUCCUUCGGCAGCAUGGCCUCCCUGGGCUCCGAACAGAUGGCCGAGAUUGCCGAAGGCCUCUACAACAGUGGCAAGCCUUUCCUCUGGGUCGUCCGGGCAACGGAGACUCCCAAGCUACCUGAUAGCUUUGUUGCCAAGGUGAAGACGAGGGGGCUCGCCGUGCCAUGGUGCCCGCAGCUGGAGGUUCUAGCGCACCCGUCCGUAGGUUGCUUCAUGACCCAUUGCGGAUGGAACUCGACCGUGGAGGCGCUCAGCGCCGGCGUGCCCAUGGUGGCAAUGCCGCAUUGGUCGGACCAGACGACAAAUGCCAAGUACAUCCAAGACGUGUGGUGUGUCGGCGUGCGAGUACGGCCGGACGCCGAAGGGGUGGUGAAGAGGGGGGAGGUGGAGAGGUGCGUGCGGGUGGUGAUGGAAGGGGAAACGAGCAUGGAGUUCCGUAAGAAUGCUUUGGAUUGGAGUGGCAAGGCAAAGAAGGCCAUGAGUGAAGGUGGAAGGUCGGACAUUAACAUCUCGGAUUUCAUCUCCAAUUUUGGGAACCCCAAUGAUCGAUAUCGAUCGGCAACCUUGGGCUUGUAGGGUAUAACCUCGUACAACCACUCACUCCAAUAUAUAUAGGGAUGUAUGUCACGGAUUUCAAUUUCGUUUUAUAAUUUUUUUUAUCAGCGAAAAAAUCGAAAUUUAAGAAAUUUCAUUGAAAUUUUGGUCAUUUUUCAUCUCUUAUUCUGCGAGUCCCUCAUAUUAGUGAUUUUUUUAAAUAAAAUUAGGUAUUUUGUUCAUCACC